AAAGAUACGAAUAGAGACACACGCACCACUCGAACCAGAACCACCAGGCUGCUGGUGCUGGAAGGGGGCGCGGCAGCUGGGCAGCUGGCAACGGACAUGGCGGCGGCCGGCGGCGAGACCAUGAUGACGAGGGAGCAGCUGCUCCACCUCUUCUCCCGCUUCUCCUUCGUCACCUCCCUCCCCGAGGUCAAGCAGCGGAUUGCCGACGCCGUCAGGGACAAGCAGGAGGCUGUGGCCGUGACCACUGAAAUACAAGAGGAGAUUCUUCGCGAGAUGGGAGUAGAUCCAAGUUUUGGUAUUGGUUGCCUAGGAAAGGUGAAUGUUGUUUACAAAAAUGACAAGGACUUGAUGAUUAAAUUCUAUCAAUUUGUUGCCAAAGAAGAAAUGGCUAUUGAUGAAGCUGAGCUUGAACCCAGAGAAUUGGCUGAAAAACUACAUGCUCAACAAAUAAUGCAAGAAAAGCAACUGAACAUGCUAGUUGAAAUGAGGAAAUAUAGCCGAGAGAGCCAAUCUGUCAUACUUGGGACUUUGCACAAAGAAUUGGAAGAAGCUAAUUUUGACAUCAAUGCAUCGAUCUUGAGCCCAGAGCAAAUGCAAGAGAUUGUUCAAAAGUGAUAUAUUUCCAACAAAUGAGAUCAGUACCUGCCUUGUCUACCUUUGUGGUGCUUGUGUCUACCUUUGUAUAAAUUGCUAAAAAUAGCAAGCACUCCUGUCUAUAUGAGAAGUGUAGCUGUUACAAGUAACCCUGUAGAACAUAUUGAUCGUGCAAAGAUAGUUCACAGGGAUGUAAAACAUUCUGAAUUUUACAAACAUAAUACUUUUUGUGGAUG